AUGGCCACAGCCUCAGCAACAUCUCCAUCUACAAUCACUGUUGUAGGAAGCACAAUCGGUUCUAAGUCAAGGAACAACAGGAAGAGUAACAAAGUGAAGUUCAUCACAAGACUCAAUGCUUUAAACGGAUUGAAAGCUCAGAACAGCACUGUGGCAUCACUAGGAGUUCCUGUUAGCACUGAACAAGCUUUUGCAAAGGUGAUGAAUUCAAUAUAUAAGGGAGGAAGAAGAAGUGGUCGAGGUGGUGGUGCUGCUUCUUCUACAUGUAAUGCUGCAGGUGAGAUUUUUCAGAUUGCGGCUAUUAUGAAUGGACUUACUCUUGUUGGUGUUGCUGUUGGGUUUGUUCUUCUUCGAAUUGAAGCUUUUGUUGAAGAAGCUGAGUAA